AUGGAUCUGCGUCCGCCAGUGGGUGGUCAGAAGACAUCUAUCGUUGUUGUCACCUUAGACUCUGGUGAGGUUUAUGUCAUUGCGAGUCUGUUCUCUAAGGCUGACACUCAGGUUAUCUAUGUCGAUCCUACGACCGGUAUACUGCAGUACAAUGGGAAGUCUGGUGUUGAUAAUUUUAAGUCAGAGCGUGAAGCCGUAGAUUAUAUCACGAAUGGAUCAAGAGGGAUUUGUAGAAGCUCAGUUUAUGGCAGGGCAAUACUUGGUUAUGCUGUCUUGGGGAGCUUUGGGAUGCUUCUAGUUGCGACCAAGCUAAAUCCAAGUAUUCCGGAUUUGCCUGGUGGAGGAUGUGUUUAUACAGUGGCUGAGAGUCAAUGGGUUAAAAUACCACUUCACAAUCCACAGCCUCAAGGGAAAGGUGAAAUUAAGAAUAUUCAGGAGUUGACAGAGCUUGACAUCGACGGGAAGCACUACUUCUGUGAUACUCGAGACAUCACCCGACCCUUUCCAAGCCGCAUGCCAGUGCAAACCCCUGAUGAUGAAUUUGUUUGGAAUAGAUGGUUGUCCGUGCCUUUUAAGAACAUUGGGCUGCCUGGCCACUGUGUCGUUCUUCUCCAGGGGUUUGCAGAAUAUAGACCUUUUGGGAGUUCAGGUCAAGUAGAAGGGAUUGUUGCUCUAAUGGCCCGUCGUAGCAGACUGCAUCCAGGGACUCGUUACUUAGCUAGGGGCAUAAAUUCAUGUUCUGGCACAGGUAACGAAGUUGAGUGUGAGCAGCUUGUAUGGAUACCUAAAAAGCAUGGUCAGAGCAUUGCUUUUAACUCAUACAUUUGGCGACGUGGCACCAUACCAAUAUGGUGGGGUGCAGAAUUGAAAAUGACCGCGGCAGAAGCAGAAAUUUAUGUGGCAGAGAGGGAUCCGUAUAAAGGAAGCACAGAGUAUUACCAAAGGUUAAGCAAGCGAUAUGAUACUAGGAAUCUAGAUGCAACGGUUGGGGAAAAUCAGAAGAAAAAGGCUUUUGUUCCUAUUGUGUGCAUUAACUUGUUAAGAAAUGCAGAAGGGAAAUCAGAAUCUAUCUUAGUUGAACAUUUUGAAGAAUCGAUGAACUUCAUCAAAUCCAGUGGAAAGCUGCCUUCUACUCGUGUUCACUUAAUAAAUUAUGAUUGGCAUGCCAGUGUCAAAUUAAAGGGGGAACAGCAAACAAUUGAAGGAUUAUGGAUGUAUCUAAAAUCUCCCACUAUGGCAAUAGGAAUCUCUGAAGGUGACUAUUUGCCUUCAAGACAAAGACUGAAAGAUUGCAGAGGUGAGGUCAUCUGUAUUGAUGACGUUGAAGGGGCCUUCUGUUUGAGAUCGCAUCAAAAUGGGGUGAUACGCUUCAACUGCGCUGAUUCUUUGGAUCGAACAAAUGCCGCUAGUUUCUUUGGUGGUCUUCAAGUGUUUGUAGAGCAAUGUAGAAGGCUGGGAAUAUCACUUGAUACUGAUCUUGGAUAUGGUUAUAAUUCUGUUAAUAGCCAAGGCGGAUAUAAUGCUCCUCUUCCACCCGGAUGGGAAAAAAGAGCUGAUGCAGUCACUGGAAAAUCGUAUUAUAUAGAUCACAAUACUAAGACAACAACAUGGAGUCAUCCAUGUCCUGAUAAACCAUGGAAGAGACUUGACAUGAGGUUUGAGGAGUUUAAGAGAUCAACAAUCUUAUCUCCUGUGUCUGAGCUCGCAGAUCUCUUUCUGCAACAAGGUGAUAUCCAUGCAACCCUCUAUACUGGCUCAAAAGCUAUGCACAGCCAAGUUCUCAAUAUCUUCAGUGAAGAAUCAGGAGCGUUUAAACAGUUUUCUGCAGCACAGAAAAACUUGAAAAUUACCGUACAGAGAAGAUAUAAAAAUGCAAUGGUUGAUAGUUCACGGCAAAAGCAGUUGGAGAUGUUUCUGGGAAUGAGGCUUUUCAAGCAUCUUCCAUCAAUUCCUGUACAGCCUUUACAUGUUCUUUCUCGACCAUGUGGUUUCUUUCUCAAACCUGUACCUAGUAUGUCCGAAAGUUCCAGUGAUGGGUCUAGUCUGCUGAGUAUCAAGAGGAAGGACAUAACUUGGUUAUGUCCACAAGCUGCAGAUAUUGUGGAAUUAUUUAUCUAUCUCAGUGAGCCUUGCCAUGUAUGCCAACUUCUACUGACCAUAUCCCACGGUGCGGAUGAUGUGACAUGUCCAUCCACUGUGGACGUGAGAACUGGGCGCCACAUAGAGGACCUUAAAUUAGUUGUUGAGGGUGCUUCGAUACCGCGCUGUGCAAAUGGUACAAAUCUUCUGAUACCCUUACCAGGGCCAAUUAGUGCUGAGGAUAUGGCUGUUACUGGAGCUGGUGCACGUCUUCAUGAAAAAGAUACGUCAAGUCUUUCACUGCUGUAUGAUUUUGAAGAACUAGAAGGACAAUUGGAUUUCUUGACCCGUGUAGUUGCUGUUACAUUUUAUCCAGCUGGUUCUGUUAGAAUUCCUAUGACUCUUGGUCAGAUAGAAGUCCUCGGAAUUUCUCUUCCAUGGAAAGGAAUGUUUAGUUGUGAACGUACUGGGGGAAGAUUAGCUGAAGUUGCAAGGAAAACAGAUGAAGAUGAAAUUCCUUUUUCAUCUUCUUCUGACUCGAAUCCGUUUGCUGCAAAAUCUUUACAGACUGAAACUGUGUCCACACCGGUACAACAGAAAGAUCCUUUUCCCAGUAAUCUGAUUGACCUUUUGACAGGAGAGGACUCUUCUUCUGACUCCUUCCCACAACCAGCGGUGGAAGGUAUCACAAGUGUAGGCAGUGACAUGCUUGAUUUCUUAGACCAACCAGUUGUUGAAUAUAGUGGCUCUGAAACUGUCCCUGGCGGGUCUUUCUCACAAGAUAAAAGUCCUAGAGAAAGUGGCUCUCAUCUGUACUUAAAUUGUCUGAAGUCCCUUGUGGGUCCAAACAUGGGAAGGAAGCUUGAGUUUGUAGAAGCUAUGAAGCUUGAAAUUGAACGUCUACGUCUAAAUAUUUCUGCAGCGGAAAGAGAUAGGGCACUUUUAUCACCUGGAAUUGAUCCUGCCACUAUUAAUCCAAACUCUGCGCACGACGAAUUAUAUAUUGGAAGAUUGUGCAGAAUAGCAAAUGCACUUGCAGUUCUGGGCCAGGCUUCUCUUGAAGAUAAAAUUAUAGGUUCUAUUGGUCUAGGGAAGCUGGAAAAUAAUUUGAUAGAUUUCUGGAACAUUACCGGAAUUGGUGAGGGUUGUGGUGGUGGAAUGUGCCAAGUCCGAGCCGAGGUCAAUAAAAGUCCAGUUGGAUCCUCUGCCAAGAGUUUGGGAGGAGAGUUGGGCUCAAUGUUCUUGUGUUUCCAAUGUAUGAAAAAAGCUUGCAAGUUUUGUUGUGCCGGAAGAGGAGCUCUUCUGCUUUCAAAAGCCUACUCCAGGGACAGUGCGAAUGGCGGUGCAAGUCUUGCAGAUGUCUCUGCUACUUCAAUAGGUGGUUCAGAUCAGUACAUGUGUAAAAAAUGCUGCAACACGAUAGUACUUGAAGCCUUGAUUGUAGAUUAUGUUAGGGUCUUGGUCAGCUUGCGAAGAAGUGGCCGUGUUGAUAGUGCUGGUCGGGAAGCUCUGAAUGAGGUAUUUGGAUCUAACAUUACGAAUCAUCUUGCUGUUAAAGGUCAGCCUUCUACUAAUCAAGAAGACUUUAAUUUCCUUCGUCAAAUUCUUGGUCAAGAGGAAUCACUUGCUGAGUUCCCAUAUGCAAGCUUCUUACAUAAGGUCGAAACUGGGACUGCUUCAGCACCAUUUUUGUCAUUGCUCACCCCUCUCAAUCUUGCUUCAAGUAAUUCCCACUGGAAAGCUCCUCCGUCUUCAGACUCUGUUGAAGCCGUCAUCAUUCUCAAUAACCUUUCAGAUGUCAACAGUGUGAUUCUACUCGUUAGUCCAUGUGGUUACUCUGAUGCUGAUGCUCCUACCGUCCAAAUUUGGGCAAGCAACGACAUAAAUAAGGAAGCACGGACAUUGGUGGGGAAGUGGGAUGUACAGUCCUUAAUUAGAUCUUCGCCUGAGCUCUACGGUCCAGAAAAAUCUGGUAGAGCACCUAGGCAUAUAAAAUUUGCUUUCAAGAAUCGUGUUCGUUGCCGCAUUAUAUGGGUAACACUGCGUCUUCCUCGGCUUGGAUCUAGCUCAGUUAGUCUUGACAGAAACAUUAAUCUCUUGUCUUUGGAUGAGAACCCUUUUGCUCCGAUCCCUCGGCGUGCCUCUUUUGGAGCAACCAUUGAUAGUGAACCAUGUCUUCAUGCAAAACGCAUCUUGGUCAGCGGAAACACCGUGAAGGACAAAACACUUGCAUCAUUACAAAGUGUUGAGAGCAUGAGCGUAAGAAACUGGCUGGACAGAGCCCCACGUUUCAAUAGAUACCUGAUACCACUUGAGGUUGAGAGACCGAUGAACAAUGAUCUAGUUCUGGAACUUUAUCUGCAACCUGGUUCACCUUUAGCUGCUGGAUUUCGCUUAGAUGCUUUUAACGCCAUAAAGCCUCGAGUAACUCACUCGCCUUCUUCAGAUGUAGUAGACAUUUGGGACCCGACGAGUAUCAUAAUGGAAGAUAGACACGUCUCGCCAGCCGUCUUGUAUAUACAAGUAUCUGUUCUUCAGGAACAAUACAAAAUGGUGACAAUCGCGGAAUACAGAUUGCCUGAGGCGAGAGUAGGAACACAGAUGUUUUUCGACUUCCCUAAACAGAUUCAAGCACAAAGAGUUUCGUUUAAGCUACUUGGAGAUGUUGCAGCUUUCGUGGAUGAUCCUGCAGAAACUGAUGAUUUGAGCGGUCGGGCUUCUCCUUUUGCUGCAGGACUGUCUUUAGUAAACAGGAUCAAGCUAUAUUACUAUGCCGAUCCUUAUGAGGUAGGCAAAUGGGCUUCUCGUGUGUGA